CCUCACUCAACUCCGUCCUCCAACUCACCACUCUCCUUGCAAGCAACACCAUCCCCCAAAAUGGUCGCCCUCCUCCGCUCCCUCCGCGCCGUCGCCCGCCCCGCCCUCGCCCUCCCCAAGGCCCAGGUCAUUGCCCGCCCCAUCUCCGUCUCGGCCAUCCGCCGCGGCGGUGGUGGCCCUCCCCUCCUCCUUGGUGAGGGUGUCAAGGCCGGCGAGGUUCCUACCGACGAGCAGCAGGCUACCGGUAUCGAGCGCUUCGAGCUCAUGGGCAAGGUCGAGGGCGUCGAUGUCUUCGACAUGACCCCCCUCCAGGCUGACCGUCUCGGCACUCUUGACAACCCCAUCGAGGUCUUCUCCUUCGUGCGUAUCAGCCAUUUCCGACUUGCGCCGCUGUGGCUUGCUAACAACCCGGCACAGUACCCCGUCCGCCACGUUGGCUGCACUGGCUUCCCCGCCGACUCGCACGACACUCUUUGGCUCCAGGUCAACACUGAGCUCAAGCACCACCGCUGCCCCGAGUGCGGCUCGGUCUACACCCUCAAGUACGAGCCCCACGCCUCGGCCGCCCACCACUAGAUUGCUUCGGCGGGCUGAAGACAAGGGACAGAAUGAAAACAUCAUCUAGCAAAUUGCUGUUCUCAAACGCGCCGGCGCAUACAGCGCCGGACGCUCUCGGGAUGCCACCUAACUGCACAGG